UUUAUAAUUGCAUAUUUUCUUUCUAUCAAUGCUACCAACAUACGUACGAAGUAAAAUAAUUUCGUACGCAGUCGGUGAUAUUUACAACUAAUAUUUUGCUACUGUUUUGACAAAUAAAAGACAAAUUCUUACAUUUUCUUUUUGUAAAAGUUACGGUCGAUUUAUACAGUGAUUAAAGUUUGAUGUAUGAGUUGUUUUAAAGAAAAUGUUAUAAAAACUGUUGCACUCGGCAUUCAGUGUCUACUUGACAAAAUAUGGUCGUGCGUUCUGUCUGAACAUAAUAAGUGGUGAUGUGUGAAAAUACUGAUGUUAGUUAUUUGGAUGGAGAGGUGGUAUGGGUUAAGCUUGGCUCCUGCUGGUGGCCAGGCGAGGUGGUCGGUCCUGAGAAGCUGCCACCAGAUGUCCUGCCAUCAUUUCGGAAGCCACCAAUAGCCGUUGUCAAGUUCUUCCAGGAGGAUACAUAUGAAUAUGUAAAAAAUGCCAGUUCAAUUUUCAAAUAUGAAUGCAGUCGUAAAAAUGAAUUCAUCAACAAAGGCCUGUAUAUGUUUAGAACCAAACGCGGGCACAUGGAGAAAUUUCCAGAAGAUGUUAUCCGAGCUGAGACUGCAGUUGGAGGUGAUAUAGAAAUUCUAACAAGAGAUGAGUUCCAAGAAAAGAAAAAAGAAAGCUAUGCAGGUAUAUUUGGUGACCCUCAGAAGAAAACACCUGGCUCUGGUAAAAAAGGCAGGGGUGGUCGAGGAAGAUCUGCAGAACCAUCAAGGAUUUCAACACCUUUUAGAAAGGGUAAAGAAAAAGCCGAUUAUAAAGUACACAUAUUGGUACAACGCUCAAAACCAAGUUCUGAUACUCCUUCUACAGAAACUACUGAACCUAUACCCUCCACUAGUGCUGAACCAGUAUCAGAUAAUAAAGAUGACACUCGGUUAGGUAGUGAAGAAAGGGAGGAAGAAGAAAAAGAGAAAGUAGAAGAACCAGUACCAUCAUGUUCAACUCCUACUGCUUCGACAUCAGCUGCAUCUACCCCAAGUGCAUCAAGCUCUGGAAUAUACUCCUGCCAUGCAUGUCCAUUCACAACAGUACGUCUAAAUGUUUUAAUUUUACACAGUAAAACACACAGUGUUUCGUUUACACCUUACACACCAUCUCCGGUAAGAAAAAAACUACCCAUAAAAUCUUCAAGCAAAUCAACACCAGAAAUAAGCAAAACACCAAAGGCUCGUAAACCACGAAAAGAGAAAAUCAUUAAAGAAAAAGAACCUAAAAAGACACCACCAAGUGCUACUAAAAAACGAACGGCAGAUGCAGAAACAAAUAAUGUUGAAACUAAAAAGGUAAAAACUGAUGAAGAAAUUAAAAGCAGUCUUCUGGCUGACUGGGACGAUGGAGAUGAAGAAUCUAAUGACGAAUCCACUACUGUUAUGGCUGAAUCACCUGAAGUGCCAGAAGCCACGGAAUCACCAGCAGUGCCAACAUCGGCAGAACUAUCUAGUGUCCCGUUAAUUCCUGAACUGUCAUCACCUACUGAAAAGAAAUUAAAUAGUUCGCCCUCGAGUGAUAAACCAGAACCCUCAAGUGAUUCUAAAUACGAGUUUUGUGAAGAUGAAGACUGGCCGCUGGAAGUGGAUGGAGGUCGUAAAAUACCCAGAGUCAAGAAUCCGAAACGUAAGGACGAUUCAAAGAGCGUCAGUUUAGACGACGAUGAAAUGGCUAGAGAAGUAGCAGAAUUACUUAAUAAGACUACUGUUCCUGAAUUACCGUCGGCUCCCGAACCCUUAAAGGUCGAGGAAAAUUUUCCUGAGCCCUCCAUCGUAAAAUCUCCGGACAAACAAGAGAACUCGCCUGAAAAAACUGAAAAGCCCCCUGUUGAAACGCCCCCUACUAAAGCAAUUUUUAAAACGAAAACAUUUUUUCGAAGCAGGCAUUCUAGAAGCCAAGAUGCAAUUGGAAAAUAUGUCGCAGAACAAUUAAAUGCUAAUGCAGUUGAAAGGAUGGAUAUAUCUGAAAAUGAAAUAAAUGGAUCAGAAGUUGUAUCAUCGCCUGAGGCUAGAGAAUCUCCACCAAUUGAACACGUGAAAGUUGCUCGUUUGGCGCCUAAAAUACAACUUAAGAAAAUGAAAGCCGAGCUUCGUGAAAAAGAAAAAAGUAACUUUGAGAAUUUUGGGGACAUUUCAGAUUUCAGACAAUUCACUGACAUGGCUGUACCCAGUAAAACCAGCCCACAAUCUAUUAAGUCACCUCCUAUGACAGAAAAAGGAAAUAUACAACUGCAUGAUGUCCUGUAUCCCACACAGGAAAUUAAACCUGUUAAUAUGGAUAUACCUGAAUCUAUUACUAAAACUUCUAUAAACCGAACAGAUUUGACAGACGAUAAAAUACACAGGACUGAAAUUACAGAAUUAACAAAUACUAAUAAAACACAAGAUAAUGAUGACAGGAUAAGCAAAUUCGAAAGUAUUGAAGAUAGAAUUCUGAAUCAGGCAUCAAAUAAAAUUGAAAUAGCACAAACCACAAGUUACUCUGAAGAUUUUGAUGAUCAUAAAGUUGAAACACCGUCAAUAAAUGAAGGUACUAGGAUUGUAAUAGAAAUGGAACAAGAAACAGAUAAAGAUAAUAGUGACGGAAUAACACUUGACAAAUCUCACAAUACAGACAUUGCUAUGAAAUCCGAAAACAUUGAGGUUACAGUGACAGAAGAAGAAGUACUUGAUAAAAUUACAGAUGAAGAUUACAAUAUGAAAGAAGUUAAAGACAAAGAAUUAGAUCAAGGGCUUAUUAGCGAAGUAAAAACUUCAUCACCUGAGGUCAAAUACCCAGUGAGAAGUGAUCAAAAACCCUAUCAGCCUUAUAUGAAUGAAUCUACAGCAUCAGCAGUUGACGCUUUAUUGAGUGUUUCUAGAGAAGCUGACAGAGUCACGAGGGUUAUCAGCGAUGAUCCGCCAGAAGAUCUGUUCGAAGAUGAUAAUAAGGAUAACAGCGGAGCUAGCCAAGAUCACAAUUUCAAUGAAAGUCUUUUAGAUAACAAUGGCUGUGCUGUGAAGUAUGCAGAACCAGAUAAAUCGGUUUCAGAUAAUAGUAAUUUGUUAAAUAAUGAAUUAAAAACAAUUCAAGAUAAUUCUGCAGGUACAGAAGAUAAUGUGGAUUUGACUGAGAGAAGUAAUGUAGCAUCUCUAAAUGAUAUCAAUGACCAAACAGAGACUGCAAUGAAUACUGAUAUUACUGACAGUGCGGGCAACAUUGUCGAAAAUAUUCCAUCUGAAUCUGACCUACAAAUAGCUGAAACUCUUAUUAAUUUACCAUCCAUUCAAAAUAAAACAACUAGCAAUGUACAGGUAGAAAAACCAAUUCUAGAUGAGAUCAUGCAAGAAGAUGUUGCUCCUGAGGGAAUGGUCGUGGAGGACAAACCUAACGAAACGAUUGUAGAACCUGAGCCAAUACUUCAUCAACAGAAAUCUCUAUUAAUUUCUAAUAACGAAAAUAUUAUGCGAUUUGAAACAGAACAAGAAAAAAGUGAAAACUUAAAUGCUGCUCAAUCACUUGUCCAAAUGUCAGAAACAAUUGACCAUAAAAUAAAUAUGGAUCAUAACUUAUCUAGUAGUGUAAAUAAUAAUAAGGAAGUAACAGAGAAGGGGGUGUUCAGUGUUAAACAAAAUAAUGGCUUGGAUAGCAUGCACAAUACUGUAGAACAAAAGUUAACUCACAAAUCUAAAGAUAGCAACAAUGAAAAUACAAAUGGUAAAAGUACUAAAAUAGAAACUUCAUCGUCACGGUUAUUAAAAAUUCUAGAGGAGCCAAGUACUCCUAAGUUUAAUACCAAUAAACCUUUGCCUACUAAGACAACCAUUAUUACAGGCAAAGAGAAAAUUUUAAACUUUGACGUAGCAAAAACGUCGUUCAAAAGUAAAACUGAUUCUCCUAAACAGAAAAUAAUUAUUAGAAGGACGACUCCAAACAAAAAUUUAAUAAACAAUAUGUCUGAAAUAACAACGCCAGAUAAAAUUAUUCUAUCACGUAGUAAUAACGCAGCGCAGGACGGUUCUGUCCAAACUUAUACUAUUCAGACGUCCGCAGAGCCGCCAGCCGAUGCUAACACUAUUAUAAUACAACAAAAGAUAAGAAAAAUAGCGAAACCACCUGCAAAAAUACAGAAGAUUAAACCCGCAAAUUCACUGAUACCCUCUCUAAAUGAAACGUCAAAGAUAAUUAACGAUGCAGCCCCUGACGAUACCAUGUUUGAUAUUAACUCAAUGCCUAUAGUUUUAUCCGAAGAUCUGUUAACUCCCGAAAGUAUCGAAAAAAUGCCUAUCGUAAUGUCUGACGGCAACAUUAUAACCCACACACCAAAUCCGCCAAAACUUGUUAAGACUAAACAAGUAAUAGAAAGUGAAAAAAUUGCGAUAAGUGCAACACCCAAUAAGCCAGAAAUGAAAACAUUGUUAAUGAACCCUAUCAGUGAUGGUAACAAAGUUAGCACUCCGAAUAUUCUCUCUAAAUCUUCCAAAUUACGAGGGGCGAAACCUAUGUUAGUAAUUGAUAAAACAACAGGGAAGCAGAAAAUUAUAAUGACGAAAGGUGAGACUAGUAUCAAAGAAGUGAAACAAGCACCAACCCUUAUACAGUCGGUUCAGCAGAAUACAGGCAAGGCUGAGAAAUUCAUAAUUUUACCUACUCCAAACUCGCCACGCCCUGGCAGGACACAAAAGAUUGUCAUAGAUCCCCAAACUGGCAAAGCUCACGUGCUUGUAGCAAAGGGAUCGGAACCCCAAAUAACUGCUACGGAGAACAAACCAGUUUCGGCGAAAUUAAUUCCGUCUUCGACGGACACCAGUAGUCCUGGAAAUACAGUAAUGAUCAUAACUAACGCUCAAGGUGCGCAGUCUAGAAUUGUCCUGACUCCUGAACACGAGAAGAUGCUAUUUCCAAAGAAACAACAACCUAAUGUAUCUCAAUUGAAAACUAUAGCUCAUAGGAUCUCAACGACGCCGGGUGCUGCACAGAAAACCCUUGUUACGACAAUAACAUCGACGAAAACUCAAAAUGUCGCACCUGUAAAGACUCAGACCAGGAUUGUGCCGAAACAAAAAAGUGCAAUAAUUACAUCAAAGGGCCAAUUGAUUGUCGGUGGAAGAGUCGCUACUACUACUCAAAACAUAGCGCCCAUGCCGGAAAUAAGACCUGUACCCAAGCGAAUAAUCGCAUCGGAACCCAAAAAGCUAGUUCAAACAAUUCAAAAGUCUUCUUCAGAACCUUUAAUAUUCUUACAACAAAAAUCUGGUGCAGUUAUGCAACUAACAGCAGCACAAUUUGAACAUUUGCAAAGGACUGGCCAAAUUGUACAGAAAACUACUACACCUAUACAGGAAAAUAAAGUGGUUGUCCAAAAAACGAUAACAAUUUCUCCAAACGAGACAGGUGCGCCUACAGUGCAUAAACAGAGGGUACGUAAGACGAUAUCCGAAUCGCCAAUGCCGGCUAAGAAAAUGAAGCAACAAGAAAUUGCUAUAGCCCCUGCACCCGCGACUAUGUCAACUAUGCCCCCUGCUUUGACUCCUCUGAGCAACAAUAAUGCAUCCAUUGUGCCAUCUGUAUCUAACACAGUAUCUAUUGGCACUUCAAAUACUUAUUCUGAAUUUGAUAACUUCGAAGAACUUCUACCGUCUACCGCCAUCGUCCGACAACAACAACAACAACAACAGCCAGAACCAGUCAGCACAGUGACCCAGCCGGAACCACCCGCCGCUCCUCCUGCUGGCCUGGGCGACAGUCAACUGCUGGCAGUACCAGGGGAACACUUUGGCGGCCCUGUGGGCUCGUUCUAUCUAUGCAUUGAAGACAAUGGCACUUUGACUCCUGUUGACAACCGACCUCUAGUCCUAGAUAAUAAUCAACUAGUUCCUAUGCACGCAGAACCCUUACCGGUAUUAUCAACGCAACCUGAACGGAGAGACAUCCUUGAGGCGGCUUUAGCUAAUAGUGAUGUUUUCCAUGCGGAUACAACACGAGACGAAGCACCAGAUUUUCGUGACUUGAAUGCAAAUGUAUCGGUUCAUUGUCGUGUAUCUGAGACUAGUACGACAUUAAAUCAACCUAUCAUGACUCCGGUUGAGGUACCUACUAAAGUAGACAGUGAACCUGCCAUUGCUUCUAAUUUAGAGGAUGGUCUGGCAGUAAUCGGUGUCACCCCUCCGACGGUACCGACUUCACUAGAAUUACCUAUUACUGUGACAGAUCCUAGGAUAGCACCUGCAAAGACGACAGAUCCUCUAAGUAAUAACAACUAUGGGUCUGGAGUAUCUUUGUUACCGUCACCUAAUACGGAAAUGACCUAUGUGACUACAGAAGAAACAGACGUGCCUAUGGGUGGCCCUAUUUCAAUGCCACUGCUAACGGAAGAAGAAUCUGUUGGAAAAUCCAUGCCAAUACUGACGGACGACAUAGCAGAGAGAACUGUUUCAUCAGUAGACUCAGCAGUUGGAUCUCCAUCCUCCAUUGAUGUUCGGGAGUCGGAAACUGAAGAUGGCGGUCAAUGGACUCGUCGGCUGCUUACGCCUGGCUCAGAUAUUUCAGAAGCGUCAGCUGAGAUCCCUUUACAGCCGGCCAUUCAGUUGUCGGUUAGCGAACUAUCUCGCCACAGUUAAGAGGGACGCCGUCGUCUUUUCUCUUUCGUAAAUAGUAUUUCCCAAAUCUCCACUAAUCUAUGAUUAAGAAAUGUAAAUGUAUCGUUUCCAUCUGAAACUCUUGUAUGCCUGAUUAGCAAGAUUUUUAUUUAGUUUGAUACAUGUUGUGCAAGGUGAAAUUCACAAACCUAAUUAACUACAUAAUCCUAUCUUGUUGCUAUUAAAAUAUGUAGUUUUAAAAUACAUUAUAUUUUUACUUAAUCGUGAGAAUUUAAGUACAUCAGUUAUGAUAUUAUAUAUUUUUGACAACAAUGAAAUUGUGAUGAAUACUGUGUUAGAUUUGAGAAAUAUUAUAGUACAAACGGAGGAGAAGAGAUGAUAGUGAUACCUCGCAACCAGUCGAACAUAACAUCACUCAUAGUUAAAGUUGUGGCUAUUAUCAUUGAUGUUCUUAGUUUUAUUUAUUUGUGCCUAUUUCAUAACUUGUCAUGUUACUAGUGCAAUAGAUUAUUUAAACUUGUUUCAUUGUUCGAUCUUGGCGUUUUAAAUCUAUAUUUUAUGUAAUAGGAAUAUUUUUUAUCUGUUGUGGAACAUUUUGAAUGAGUAUAAUAUAAAUGGUGCCGCUAUUAUCAGAGAAUGAUUGUGAGCGUUUGAAACGCAUACAGAGACAUGAUUGUGUAAAUAUCUAGUUUAUAGAAAGCAAAUUUGAAGAAACUGAAACUGAUUGGGUUGGACUUGUCAUAUAAAACAAUUAAGUAUAAUGCAAUACUGCAUACAAUAUUUAGGUUAAGGAUUUACGAUUGUAAAUUUAAAUUGAAUUAUGAUAUUUGUUGGAUCGUAUGUGUAAUAUAUAAAAAAAGUAGUUAUAUAUUAUUUUUAUAAUGUGUAGCGAGGUUGGAGUAAUUGUGGCGCUGUCGCAGACCUGUACAUGGAAGUGCUGUUAAGUUAUCGUGAAUAAUGUUCACCAGUGGACAAGUAAAGUUGAAGUAUAAGAGAGAUUUGUGAAUGCGGCUGUCGACCGUCAGUUAAACAGGAUACAUUUCUUAUAUCAAUAAUGUAGGGUUAAUAUUAAGUACAAUAUUGUUGAAGUAAUUUUUAAACAUAAUGUCAAAAGCACUUAUUGGUUUGUUUGAGUGAUCUAUGUAAAAUCUAGAUCAGACUAUACAAUGGAGUCUUUAGUAAUAACUUCUGUGUAGUUUUAUUAAAUAAAUUUUAAUCAACUGCUUGUUGUUAUUUUGUCAUUAAUGGAGAUGCAGUACCUUACACAUAUGAAAUAAAACAGCAAAGAGUUACUUUGAUGAUUUACUCAUUCCUUUUCAGGUGACACUUACUUAUUAAAAUAAAACUAAGGCACUGAAAUGAUUUUAGGAAAAUAUAUUGCAUUGUAAUCAAUAAGGUGUUUCAUGGUUUGGAAAAAAUGCACUUAUAUACAAUGCAGUUUGGAUACAAACUUUAUUAUAUCACAACUCGUGUUUUAUAAUUUUACUACGUACUACACAACUACAAACUACUAUAACAAUGGUAAUUUAUAAAUUCGUAAUAUUAAAAUUGUUGCAAUAAUUACAACAUGGUAAUGAAAUGAAUCUUAACCUAUAAUACUUUAUCCAAUAAAGAUCUGAUGCAAAACUUUUAGUCUGAUUUAACAAUUUUAAACAAAUAUAUAACGUAAUAUAGUUAUAACAACCUACAACAGUCAAUUGCUUUAUUUACUAGAAAUAUGUAUCGUUCGUACUUUUAUUUAGUUCAUAAAUAAACUCUUUAAGUUAAUAUAAAACUAUUGUACAAAUAUGUAAAAACUAGUUACAUCAUUGGAUCUUUCGAUGAGAUUAAUGCUUAAUAUCUUAAAAUUAUGUUAUAUAUCACAUGGCAGGCCAAAGUUACUCAAACAAAAUGCCAUUUGAGUCUUCUUCGAAAUUGACAUUACAAGUUUGUACGGCAAGAAAAAAGUUGAGUGUAGUGGCAUUCUGUGAGAGCGAUGGCGAUGUUAGGAGAGGGCCUGCCGCGUGGUGUUGGGCAGGAAGAGGCACAUGAGGCCGCCGCUGGCCAGCAGCACGGCCACGAUGAAGGUGGGCGCCGGGCAGUACGUGUCCAGCAGCGCGGCGAUCACCACGUUGCCGAUGAUACCA